UACUUUCCCCAACUCACUCUCGGACUCCUCGAACCAAUCCAGAGCAGCGUGCCACCAACUCUCUCUCUCUCUAUACUCUACAGCGUUCAAGUGCAACUAUGAGAAGCACUUGACCAUCAAUCACCAAGUGCUUCUAAUCCACACUGCUAUCAAUAUACCCCCCAAUACUCCCUCUGUUGUUUCUUUCUUCUGUUCCUCUCUUUCACUUUCUAGCAUAAUUCAGUCUUGGAAGUUUGUUCGCAUUGUGCCUUUAGUCUUUUUAUCAAUCAGUCUUUUAGCGGUUACUUAAAUCAGUUUGGCCCAAAUUCAAGAACCCAAGUUUGAAAACCGCCCUACUCAACACUCUUUUUGGCUAAAUGGAGUCUGAAAAUGGGAUUGCUUUAGGGGAUGAGAAUUGUGCUGUUGUGGAAAAACAUGUAGAAGAAUCAGUACCGGAUUUGAACAUUGAAGGAAAGAAUGUUGAUGCUAAUAUAGAAGUUUCUACCACGAAUGGAGUAUCUGAACCUGUAAGCAAAGGUGAAGGCAUUAACCCUUCAGGAGGUGCAGUUGAAGUUGCUGCAAGUGUUCCGCCUGGUAAAAAUUCAAAAACAAAAAAGGAUCCUCAUGCUCCAAACAAUGGUGUUUCAAAGGGAAAGUUGGCCAAGGAUAAACCCAGUGUGAAAGGUGCAGCUCCAGUUUCUCGUACACAAAGGGCAAUACUUUCUCAGAGUCUUUCGUUCCCAGCCAGGGGAGCUCGUGUUGAUGCUAUGAAGAAGAGCAUUGAUGUUUAUCCAGUGAAAACAGAAGUCAAACACACUCGAGGGAAUGCAACCAAAGCUGAGGCCCCUUUUCCAUCUUCUCGUUUGAAUCAUCAAAAUAGGCGUGCAUCCACAGGAAUACACUCAAAUGAUGAGAACAAAGCUGCUGGAGCUUCAGUUAGGAGGACUACUUUAGCAUCAAUAACUAGCAUUAGAUCCUCUGCAUCAAUGAAGUCUGGCUCUGUGAGUAAACCUGCUAAUAGUUCAUAUGAUGUGACCCGAUCAGUUGGGCAGAUCUUAAGUGCUGUAAAAACAACCCUGCCAAUCAAAGAGGAUGAUGAUGCUCAUUCCAUUGCUUCAAGCACUACACCUGGUGGGCGGAGGAGCAGUGGUUCUGCAUUUUCCUUCAGGUUGGAUGAACGUGCUGAAAAAAGGAAGGAGUUCUUUACAAAGCUAGAAGAGAAGAUACAGGCUAAGGAAGCAGAAAAAAAUAAUUCGCAAGCAAAAUCAAAGGAAAACCAGGAAGCAGAGAUCAAGCAACUGAGGAAGAGCCUGACAUUUAGGGCAGCUCCCAUGCCAACUUUCUAUAAAGAGCCUCCUCCAAAAAUUGAAAUAAAGAAGAUACCGACCACACGUCCCAUAUCUCCAAAGCUUGGAAGGCACAAGAACUCCAUUUCUUCAUUGAACAACCCCUCAGAAGGAGGCGGGACGUGUCUUAGCCCGCGUCUGAAUCGAGAACAGAACAAUUCAAACAAAGGGUUAAAGGCAACAGGUGAAAAAGAUGUCACAGAAUUAAAGAAGCCUAUCAGGAAGUCCCAACAUCGGCUUCAUUCUCAGGAAAAUGCGGCUGCUAAAGCUGAAGGAAGGCCCAGUAAGUCACAACUGAAAGUGGUCAGCAAAGAAGAAAAAGAAAGCCCGAAGGCAUGCACUGGAGAGACAGAAGAAAGCUUCCAAGACCAAUCUGAACAUCUUUCUGAAUGCAAAGAUAAGAUAGAGCCUGAAGUGAGUGUUGACCAGACCAAAGAACCAGUCGUCAAUGCAGCUCCUGCUCCUGAGAUCAUGCCUCAAGAAGUUACCAUUGCAGCUCCUGCCCCUGAGAUCAUGCCUCGAGGAGUUACCAUUGGAGUUUAAACAACAUAUUUCUGAUAUAUUACCUUGUGUUUAUACCAUUUUAAGUUCCGUGUUGUUGUGACUUGUGAAUAUAGCAAUUCUGGGAUCCUCAUAUAAAGUCAUAUGUGGAUAUAUAUAUCUACAGGUUUAUGUAGCUUAUGUGUAUUAUCUUGAGUUAGUAUAUCACUGUGGAAAUUUGAUGUUAAUGCUGUCUUCAGUAAUAUUAUA